UUCACCGAGGGUUUGACUACUUUUGCUUUGUUUGUUACUAUCAAUACCGUUAUAUAUUUUCUAGUUCUUUAUUCAACCUUUUCAAAAUGCGUAGGAAACAGUUGGGCUUUUCCCCGUAGGAAACAGUUGGGAUUUUUGACAAAUGUGAAACUCCGAUUCGCACGGAGUAUAUCCACCACAAAGCAAAAUAUAAAAAACGGAUGUUGGAUGGAUCUAUGUGGAAAUAUGCUAUAAUGCGCCCAUGGAAUCAGGCUAUUUUAAUCAUCGAUGUUUGGUUUGAAAUUAUCGAUGUUGCUCAACCUCUUUUGUUCCAUCACUAACGCCAUAUUUCCCGGAAAUAUUCUAUUUCGGGGAACGCAGCUUAAAGCACGCCUUUAUUUCACAAUUAUUCCUCGUGGAUAAAAAUUUAUUUUCAGGCGUCAGAAGCCUCUGCAGCAAUGGCAAUUAAUUUGAAUAAUCAAAGCUUGCAGCGAGGAAUUGAGGAAAUGGAUAAGUUGCACUGCGACCUGGUGGAGAUUCUACGGGACAAUCAUUCCGGUAUAAAGCGCGUGCUCCAGAGUAUCCACAACCUGCUGAAGGAGAAUGACGAUGCGCACCUAUUCUUUAACCCCAAUCUGAUCCUCAAGAUACUUUCCGUGGUGAUCUUUGAAAGCCAAGAAGAAGAAAUCCCUUCAAGACGUUGUCUGGUGGCCAACGCUAUGGUUUGCGUUCAUCUGCAAUUGCGCAAGAUCCCCGCAGGCGAUGGAAAGCUGCUGCUCCAACAGCUCCUAGCCAUUGUGACUUCCACUGAACCCCAGCCCUUUGGGGCCCAAAUCCUAGUGCACCAUUUUGACAACUUCUUGCAUUUCAUGGGAGAAGAUUGCUUCCCCGGACUGUUUGGCGCCAUCCAUCGAAUGAGAAGCAGGCAUUAAACAUUGUUGAAGUGAAGUAGGAUUCGUUGGCUGAAUUCCUGGUAGUAAAACAGGCCGAAGGUUACAAAAUUAUUGGUGCUGAAGAAUCUGCAAAUAACAUUCCACAACUCGAAGGCGUAGUGACCCACAAAAAAUGUAUUUUUGUACUGGCAGACGGAAAACGAGGAUUACCAGCUAACUUGAUGGAAUUCUAGACUACGCCGUGAAACUUUCGCCAUUUGGAGCCGUAAGCUCUCUCGAUGGGCAUUUAUCCGGAUUAAUAUGUAUUUUUCUUUGGCCAAAGAAAAACUUACUGCACAAGUAGACCCGUUUUUGCAAACAGCGAAUUUGAACCAGAUUGAAAACAAUUAAUACAAAAUGUAUUUUUUUUUAUACGGAAUCGAGUUUGCGUUCUGAAAAAUAUCACUGAAUAAAAGCCAAAACGGAAUUAUGUACCCAAAAAAAGGGAGAACAAAAAAAAAUGGAAACCUUAUGAAAAUUUAAAUAUAACUGCUAAUAUUUAAUAGCUGAAAUCAUUCCACUUAUGAAGAAUCUUUUUUAGUAAAAAUGUUUUAAUCUUAAAUGAGGCCUAGUUUUCAAACACGUCUUCGGCAC